CUGGUUAAUAGGACUGUCAGUCACAAGGCUAGCAACAUUGUUUCCGCUGUCAAGAAAACGAAACAGUGCUGGAAAGUUAAACCCGAAGUGAGGGUGAAAUGAUUCAGUGUACUACUAUUUGUUGAAAUUUAGUGCACAGUGUUUGGUGUCCAUGGCUAUGUAUGAUGAAGAUAUUUCGAGAAACCCUUUCUAUUUAGCCCUUCAGAAGCAGAAACCUGAUGCCGCCAACCGUGUAGCAGAACUACAUGGAAUUGUAUUGGUGCCAUGCAAAGCCAGCUUGUCAAGAGGCAGCCUGGCUGCUGCCCACUUUGAAUCUUAUGUCUUGUAUCCUGUGGAUGAAGCUGGUAGCAGUUACCAGACAUUAAAUGGAAAAGAAGUCACCAUCAGAGGAAACCUAAUUAGUCUGGGUGUUGGAUUUAGCUCACCAUGCACAAUACGUAUUCUUUUCGAAGAAACUUUCUACAAUGAGAAAGAAGAAAGUUUUAGCAUUCUAUGUAUUGCCCGACCAUUGGAAAAGAAUUCCUAUUCAGAAGAAAAUCCCUCCACUUUCGAUUCCUACUGUCUGAAAAACUUUGAGGAUGCUAAAGAAUUUUUGGGUCGACAAUUAUUCAAAGUUGAUAAGUACAUCGAUGCUUUCCGAAACUCCUUUAAAGACCUUAAAAUAAAAAGUCUACGGCAUCAUAUAGAUGAAGUAAAUGCACUCUAUACAAAAUGCCUUCAGUAUCUUCUGAGAGACUCAAAAUUGAAAAUCUUGAUCAAGCAGGAAGUGCAAAUGGCCUUGCUGAAACAAGCUGUUGAAAUGUAUGUACUACAUGGUAUCCAUGAUCAGAUUUUUAAGAGUGUGGGAACUAUUGAGGCCAGUCAGGAUGCAGCUUUUAAUAAAACUACCCGAAGUCUACAAGAUCUUCAGCUGAAAGAUUUAGGAAUCAAGUCACAAUUCAGUAUAAAUAUACCUCGUGCCAAACGGGAGUUGAGUCAUCUGAACCAGUGUACUAGUCCACAACACAAACUGAUCUGCUUACGAAAUGUAAUACAUAUGAUCAUGCAGGCCCCAAGUCAAAGAGUUAACAAACAUUUUAUGUCAGCUGAUGAUCUGCUACCUGUUUUGCUUUAUUUACUGGUUAAAACAGAAAUCCCAAACUGGAUGGCUAAUCUCAGUUAUAUCAAGAACUUUCGAUUUUGCAGUCCAGUCAAGGAUGAACUCGGAUACUGUUUAACUUCCUUUGAGGCCGCAGUAGAUUAUAUUCAUCAGGGCAACCUGACUCUUGGUCGGCCUGGAUCGGGAGAACUAAAUGAUAAAACAUUUUUUAGAGAAAGAAUGAACUUGCUGUAUCAGCCGUCAUCAACCCCAAUUGAUAUUUUGUUUGAGCACAUUGCAGCUGGUAAUCAGGCAGAAGUGGAAACACUGUUGAGUGAAGGUGAACCCAGUGAAGACAGUGUUCAAAAGAUGUGCCAUCCCCUCUGCUUCUGUGAUAGCUGUGAAAAGAUUGUGUCAGGUAGGAUGAAUGAUCCAUCUAUUGUCACUCCAUCUUCCCGAGAUGACCGGGGUUACACACCAUUGCAUGUAGCUGCUUUCUGUGGUCAACCAAUGAUGAUUGAUGUGUUGGUGUCAAAAGGAGGUGCUGUUAAUGCUACAGACUAUCAUGGGUCCACCCCACUUCACCUAUCUUGUCAGAAGGGGUAUCAAAAUGUCACUUUGCUGCUGCUAGAUUACAAGGCCAGCACUGAGAUACAAGAUAAUAAUGGAAAUACAGCACUUCAUUUGGCUUGCAUGCAUGGUCAUGAAGAUUGUGUCAAAGCCCUGGUAUAUUACCAAUUAUAUACCUGUAACUUAAACAUGACAAAUGACAAGGGUGAUACACCUCUCCACAUUGCAGCUCGAUGGGGUUAUGAUGGUAUCAUUCAGGUUCUACUGGAGAAUGGAGCUAAUACUGAAAUACAGAACAAGAUGAAAGAAACUCCACUGCAUUGUGCACUCAAUUCUAAGAUAUUAGAUUUGCUGGAAAUUACCUUCAUUAAUGCUGACAGGCAACAGAGCAAUCAAGAGUCUAUUAGCAGAUCUCCUCAAUCUUCCACUGAUGUUGGUAGUCAGAAAUCAACUAUCUCCACUACAUCAUCCAUAUCAGUUGUAAUGAAGCCAGAGGAAGAGAAAGGAAAGUACAAAGAGUCUAUUAGCAGAUCUCCUCAAUCUUCCACUGAUGUUGGUAGUCAGAAAUCAACUACCUCCACUACAUCAUCCAUAUCAGUUGAAAUGAAGCAAGAGGAAGAGAAAGGAAAGUACAAAGAGGUGGAAAAGUUAUUGCGAGCUGUAGCGGAUGGAGAUGUAGAAAUGGUACGAUAUCUGUUAGAAUGGGUGGAUGAAGAUCUAGAGGAGGAAGAUGGACUUGUGUUGAAACCAGAAUUCUGCCACCCUUUGUGUCGGUGUCCAAAGUGUGAACCUGCACAGAAGAAACUUUCCAGUAUUACUACAAAUGGAUUGAGUGUGAAUUCUGCCAACCAGGAUGGGUUUACUCCAUUGCAUGUGGCAGCUCUACACGGGCACUUUGAAUUGGUUUCACUACUGCUGUGCCACGGCGCCAAUGUAAACUUGAAGAAUUCCAAUAAUUCAACCCCACUCCACCUGGCUUGUCAAUACAACGACGUGCAGAUAGUAAAGUACUUGCUGAAUUAUAAUGCAAAAUUGAAUAAGAAAGAUUUGUAUGGUAAUACGCCAUUGCUGCAUGCCUGUCUUCGAGGCUACUUGGAAAUAGCUGAGUUGCUGCUGGAGCACGGCGCCUCUGUUAAUGUUGCCAACAACCAAGGAAACACUGCUCUGCAUGAGGCUGUAAAGGGACAGUAUGAAGCUCUUGUCCAUCUUCUUGUGUGCAAUGGAGCAUCAGUCAGUUUGAGAAAUAAACAACAGUGUACACCAGUGGACUUUGCAGAAGCAGUCUGUGGGAAGCAAGACCAAGGAACUGAUUAUUGACUUCAGGAGGAGGAAACCAGAGGUCCAUGAGCCAGUUCUCAUCACAGGAUCAGAGCUGUUGAGGCUCAGCAACUUUAAAUUUUUCGGUUUUAUCAUUUUGGAGGAUCUGUCCUGGGCCCAGCAUGUAAGUGUAGUUACGAAUGGAGCGCAACAGUACUUCUACUUCCUCAGAAGUUGUUGAAGAUUUGGCAUGACACCCGAAACUUUUGACUAACUUCUAUAGAUAUGUGGCGGAGAGUAUUUUGACUGGUUGCAUCACUGCCUCAGAUGGAAACACCAAAGCUCUUCAACAGAAAGUCCUACAAAAAGCAGUGGAUGUGGCCCAGUCCAUCAUGGGUAAAGAGCCUCCAAACCAUUGAGCAUAUCUACAUGGAGCACUGUCACAGGAAAUAAGCAUCCAUCAUCAAGGACCCCCACCACUCAGGCCAUACUGUCCUCUUGCUGCUGUCAUCAGGAAGAAGGUACAGGAGCCACAGGACACUCACCACCAAGUUCCGGAGCAGUUAUUACCUUCAACCAUCAGACUCUUGAACCAGGGUUGAUAACUUCACUUGCCCUUUCACUGAACUGUUCCCACAAUCACUUCCAAGGAUUCUUUAUCUCAUGUUUGCCUUAUUUAUUGCUUAUUUAUUUAUUAUUAUUUGUAUCUUAUUUGCAAAGUUUGUUGUCUUUUGCACAUUGGUUUGUCUGCCCUGUUGGGUGCAGUCUUUCUUUGAUUCUAUAAUGUUCUUUGGAAUUACUGAACAUGCCUCCAAGAAAAUGAAUUUCAGGGUUGUAUAUGGCGAUAUACAUGUACUUUGAUAACAUUUACUUUCAAUUUUAAACAUUUCAUUCCAUGUCAGUUGUUUCCUCCAUUUCAUAAUUUGAGUAAAGUUGAAGCACACUCACAGGUGGAUCAUCUGUCAAAUGUCUUUGCAUAUUUUUUCAAAUGUAAUUGUUGAACAUUUUCACAAUUAUAUGAUAGUUCAUACAGGCUUUCAGUUCAUCUACUUCAAUAUCUAGUGGAAUUACUGUUAGCAUUUGAUGCUAGCACUAAAGUAACACCUCCCAUUAAUAUUGUAUAUUGCAUCUUGCAAAGAUCAGUCUAAUGCUUCAAUGGCUCCUUGGUGAGCCAUUGAAAAUUCAUCCCAGACAAUAUUGAUGAUGAUGUAGACUUUUGUUUUCCUUUCCAGUCUCCAAGGAAUGUUACAUGUUGGAAUCUGUCGAAUUUAAAGGGUGUUUUCCCCAAAUCAAGUUUUGAAACAAUGCCUAAUGAUGUUGUGUCCAGGGCAAUUAUGUUUUGUCUCUGAAUGUUAUGUCAAAGUAGAUUAAUAAGUUUUUCCUGUUCAUUCCUUGAUUGUUGCAAAUGGCUUCUGUUAUAGUACCUAAAGCAUUUCUUUGAUAUCUCACAAAACUUUCUUUGUCUGAAUCCCCUAACUGGUUUAAAUUGUACUUGGCCUCCCACAGAAACUCAGUGCACAACUUUUCAUUAUUUCUUUGUGGCUCAGGUCAACUAAGCAUCUGGGGUCAGGUUCUCGGAUCAUUAGGAUCUCUUCCGGGGGAGGUAUGACCUGUACAAAAGUGACAGGUUGCAUCCGAACCUGAGGGGAACCAAUAUUCUCAUGGGCAGGUUUGUUAGAAGAUGUUGGGGAUGGUUUAAACUAAUUUGGCAGGGGAAUGGAAACAGGAGUGAAGGGACUCAGGAUUGGAUGGAUGGUAAAAAAGCAACAAUAGCAUCCAUUCAUACUGUCAGGAAGGGCAGGCAGAUGAUAGGACAGAAUUGCAGCCAGUAGGACGAUUAUCAGUGCUUUAGGAUGUAAAUUAAAAGGGGAAGCAAAUACUGUACUCGGUGUUUUAUCUCAAGACACAAAGUAUAAGAAAUAAGGUGGAUGAUCUUGUUGCACUUUUACAGAUUGUGGGGUAUGAUGUGGCCAUCACUGAAUCAUGGCUGAACGAUGGUUGUAGUUGGAAGGUGAAUGUCCAAGGUUAAACAUUGUAUUGGAGGGAUAGGAAGGUAGUUAGAGGGGGUGGAGUGGCUUUGCUGUAAAGAAUGGCAUUAAAUUAUUAGAAAGAUGUGACUUGCAUCAGAUGAUGUUGAGUUAAGAAACUGCUGGGUAAAAGAACCCAGAUAGCAGUUAUAUACAGGCCUCCAAACAGUAGCUGGGAUGUGGACUACAGUUUGCAACAGGAAAUAGAAAAAGUGUGUUAAAAAAGGGAAUGUUACCAUAAACAUGGGAGAUUUUAACAUGCAGGUACAUUGGGAGAAUCAGGUUGGCAAUGGAUUUCAAAAGGGUGAAUUUGUUGAAUGCCGACAAGAUGGCUUUUUAGAGCAGCUUGUACUCGAGCCCACUCGGCUAUACUGGAAUGGGUGUUAUGUAAUGAACUGGAGAUGAUUAGGGAGCAAGGCAAAGGAACCCUUAGGAGGUAGUGUCACAAUAUGAUUGAGUUCAACUUGAGAUUUGAUAGGGAAAAAAUAAAGUCUGACGUAGCAGUAUUUCAGUGGAGUAAAGGAAUUUAUAGUGGUGUGAGAGGAGUUGGCCAAAGUAAAUUGGAAGGAGCUGCUGGCAGGGAUGACAGCAGAGCAGCAAUGGCUUGAGUUCUGGGGAAAAUUAGAAAGUUGCAGGAUAGAUGUAUUCAACAAACAGAAGUACUGAAAUGGCAAAAUAGUACAACUGUGGCUGACAAGGGAAUACAAAGCUAAUGUUAAAAACAAAAGAGAGGGCAUAAAACAAAGCAAAAUUCAACUGGAAGAUAGAGGAUUGGGAAACUAUAAAAAACCUACAGAAAGUUACUGAAAGAAUCAUUGGGGGGAAAGAUGAAACAUGAAAGCAAGCUAGCAAACAGUGUCAAGAUGGAUAGAAAAAGCUUUUUCAAUAUAUUAAAAAAUAAAAGAGAGCUGAGAGUAGAUACAGGAUCAUUAGAAAAUGAAGCUGGAGAAAUAACGGGACGAGGAGAUGGCAGAUGAACUAAAUGAGUAUUUUGCAUUAGUCUUCACUAUGGAAGACAUUAGCGGUGUGCCAGAUGUUGAAGACUGUGAGGAAAGAGAAGUAAGUUCAGUUACUAUUACAAGUGAGAAGGUGCUCAAAAAGCUGAAAGACCUAAAGGUACAUAAGUCAUCUGGACCAGAUGAACUGUACCCUAGGGUUCUGAAAGAGGUAGCGUUAGAGAUUGUGGAAACAUUAGCAAUGAUCUUUCAAGAAUCAUUGGACUCUGCCAUGGUUUCAGAGAACUGGAAAAUUGCAAAUGUCAAGAAAGGAGGAAAGCAGCAGAAAGGAAAUUAUGGACCAUUUAGCCUGACUUCACUGGCUGGGAAGAUGUUGGAGUCGAUUGUUAAGGAUAAGGUUAUGAAGUACUUGGAGACACAGGACAAGAUUGGACAAAGUCAACAUGGUUUCCUUAAGGGAAAAUCUUGCCUGAUGAACCCGUAAGAAUUCUUUGAGGAGAUUACAUGUAGGAUAGGCAAAGGGGAUGGAGUGGAUAUUGUAUAUUUGGACUUUCAAAAGGCCUUUGACAAGGCACCACACAUGAGGCUGCUUACCAAGUGAAGAGCCCAUGUAUUACAGGAAGGUUACUAGCAUGGUUAGAGCAUUGGUUGAUUGGUAGGGGACAGCGAGUUGAUUGCCAGUGACUAGUGAUGUUCUGCAGGGGUCACUGUUGGGACUUGGUUUUGUUGCCAAGUUUGCGGAUGAUAUGAAGAUUGGUGGAGGGGCAGGUAGUGUUGAGGAAACAGAAAGGAUGAAGAAGGGCUUAAGGUUAGUAGAAUGAGCAAGAAAGUGGCAGAUUAAAUACAAUCUUGAAAAAUGCAUGGUCAUGUUCUUUGGUAGAAGAAGUAAGUGUACAGACUAUUUUCUAAAUGAGGUGCAGCUGGACUUCGGAAAUUUUGUGCAUGAUUCCCUAAAGAUUAAUUUGCAGGUUGAGUCUGUGGUGAGUAAGGCAGAUGUGAUGUUAGCAUUCAUUUCAUGAGGACUCAAAUGUAAAAGCCAGGAUGUAAUGUUGAGACUUUAUAAAGCACUGUGAGUAGGUUUGGGCCCCUUAUGCGAGAAAGGAUGUGCUGAAAGUGCAAGGGUUCAAAGGAGGGUCAUGAAAAUGAUUUGACGAUUGAAUAGCUUGUCAUAUGAAGAGCUCCUGCCUUCUCCCAGUAUCCCUUCAUGCUCUGGGACUGUAUUCACGAAUAUUCAGAAGAAUGACAGAUGACCUCAUUGAAACCUAUUGAAAGGUUAAAGGCCUUGAGUGGAUGUGGAGAGGAUGAGUCUAAGACCAGACGACACAGCCUCAGAAUAGAGGGGCAUCCUUUUAGAAUUGAUUUGAGAAGGAAUUUCUUUAGCCAGAGAAUGGUGAAUCUGUGGAAUUCUUUGGCACAGGUGGCUGUGGAGAUCAAGUCUUUAUGUAUAUUUAAGGUAAUGGUUGAUAGAUUCUUGACUGGUCAGUGCAUGAAGGGAUACUGGGAGAAGGCAGGAGAUUGGGGCUGAGAGAAAAAUUGGAUCAGUCAAGAUGAAAUGACGGAACAUUCUUGAUAGGCCAGAUAGCCUAAUUCUGCUGCUACAGUGCCCGUAAAAAGUAUUUACCCCCUUUGAAAGUCUUUAUUGUUUUACAACAUUGAAUCACAGUGGAUUUAAUUUGGCUUUUUUGACACUGAUCAACAGAAAAAGGCAGUUUUGUGUCAAAGUGAGAACAGAUUUGUACAAAGUGAUCUAAACUAAUUACAACUAUAAAACACAAAAUAAUUGAUUGCAUUAGUUUUCACUGCCCUGCCCCCUUAAUAUGACACCGUGUUCAGUCAAGGUGUUUCAUUUCGAUGUAGUAAAAAUACACCUGUAUCUGGAAGGUCCAACUGCCUGUGAGUCAGUGUCCCAGCAAAAGCUACACCAUAAAGACAAAAGAACACUCCAAGCAACUCCGUAAAGAGGUUAUCCAAAAGCAGAAGUCAGGAGAUGGAUACAAGAAAAUUUCUAACUCACUGAUUAUCAAUUUUUCCCAUUCUCAUGCAGUGUCUAGAUGUGCAAAGCCAGUAGAGGCUAUCCACACAGAAUUGUGGCUGUAAUUGCUGCCAAAGGUGCUUCUACUAAAUACUGACUUGAAGGGGGCGAAUACUUAUACAAUCAAUUUUUUUGUGUUUUAUAUUUGUAAUUUUUUUUGAUCACUUUGUAGAGAUCUCACUUUGACAUGAGUCUUUUUCUGUUGAUCGGUGUCAAUAAAAAGCCAAAUUAAAUCCACUUUGAUUCAAAGUUAUAAAUCAUGAAAACUUCUGGGGAGAGGGGGGUGAAUACUUUCUAUAGGCACUGUAUAUCAUGUAGUCUAACAGAAUGGCAGUCAUAUUUUCUGUCUUUGGCAACAGUUAAUAAGUAAUUGAAAAAUAAAACACUUGGUGCCUACAGCAAGUGGUCUUACAUGGGAUAUAACUAUUUGUGUUCCCCUGGAUUAUAUAAAAUAAUCAGGGUAAUAAAAAGACUCCAUUCAGUUCUGGACACAGAACUUGGGAGCUUAUUCAUGCUGAAAUACUGUAAAGAUGUACCAAAGUAAAACCAUACCUAGUUUGUAUCAUCUCUUCUAAUGAUCUGAUGAGACCGCGUAAUAAUCUGAUUAUCUAAUAACCUUCCUUUGAAGUGGCCUGGAGACUUUUACCACAUCAGUGGUUCUAGAAGUUCCAAGUUAUUUUUUAUGAAAGUGGUUAAUAUUUUGCAUUGUAAUGAUUUGCUUGUAUUCCCUUGAUAUGAAAUCUCCUGCAAGAUAUGCAGAGGAAGAAGCACAGACUGAGUGAAACCAGGAAGCACUAAAUUCAUGGAUUAGUGGAAAUCUAGAAAAAUUCUUCUCUGAAAAGAAUCAUCCCAUAUUUCAGCUAAGUUAACAUUGGAGGCCAACAGAUUAGUCUAAUAUAUGAACACUAAUGGAUGCAGAGCGUAGUUGAGAAACAAAUCUGAAUACCUGACACAAGGAUUGAUUCACAUCUUUAUCUUUAACUCACUUAACUACUAUAAAGAUGUACAGCUGCUGCUAUUGUGGGAACCCAAAUUAGUUACAUUUAAAAUGGCUAAAACAAGAGUAAAUGGAGGCUAAUGUGAGUACACAGUAAUAAUACAGAAUGCCAAAGGAAAUGCAUUUCAUUUUGUAUUCUCUUUCAC